AUGGAUCCGUCCUUCAACACCGACAGCCUCAUGUACCAGCCUAACUACCUCGACGCCACCUGCACCACCGUCAGCUCGGUGUGUCGCAGUCCCGUCUUCACCACCUGCACUAUGAUCGGCCCCGGCUUCUAUGCGUACUCGAUCCUUCUCCGGAACGGUAAUAGCACCUUCAUUCAGCCCUUUGGCUGUCUCGAUGCCAACUGCAACCAGUGCGAGCUCGAUGCCAGCAUUCUGCCCAAUGCCUUGGCCAAGAGUCCGACCGACUGCUUUGCCGAUACCGGCUCGACCUCCUACCAGCUCUAUUUUCUGGCCAACAAGACCUCCGUCCCAACUGUCUUCCCGAACGGCAGUCUCCCCUUCGGCCCAAAUCAGGUCGUUACUCCCAGUUCCGCUGCCUUGCCACCACUGCCGUCAGAAGCUCCCAGUAAUUCCGGGUUUCCCCUUAAUAUCACGCUUAUAAUUGUUUCUGCCGUUGGCGCAGUGUGUUUUGCUUUGAAGCAACGCUCCGAUACUCGUGUAAUCGUGGAUCGAGAGUCUCCACCUCUUGAUCAAUAUCUUCCGCCACCCAGGACCCGUCUGUCCUCCUCGACUCUUGCUCAAAUCCCGGAAGAGCGGGUGGAAGCUCCCUCCGCGAGCUCUCCAAAGACGUCCGCGACAAGACCCAUAUCGGUCAAUAUCCAUACGUCGCCUGUUGUGCCCGCGGCCAUGGCCUCGCCUUCAUAUGCGCUGUAUCCCGAUGGUGGGUCGAUUAUCCCUGCUGCGAUGCUGUCAUCGUACUAUUCGAAGAACAUAUCCGAUUCCCCGCAAGUACCCCACAGCAGUAGCAGCAGUAGCGGCAAGGGCUACAGCGCCCAGAAUAGACCGACAACUCAGUUCAUCGCGAUCCAGAACCACGACGGCUACCCUGGCGCCGGAGAACUUUCAUUCACGAUUGGACAAGGUGUUACUGUGUUCCAAGUGCUACCAAGUGGAUGGGCAAUGUCGCAAAACAACGAGACUCUGGCUUUCGGAUUUGCUCCGGUGACCAAGCUUCGAGCCAUAGAGGACACUCUCGGCAAUAUCGAACGUACUCAGUCGAGCGAAAGCCGCCCUCCUCGAUAUUCGAUGUGA